CUUUUUGGCCCCAGGGCUUCUUUGAUAGAUGUAAGUCCUCUGAUGUUUCCUUCCUCAGGGUGUCACGAGUUGGAACAGAUGCAGCUAAUCCUGGACACGAUUCCUGUAAUCCGGGAGGAAGAUAAAGAUGAGCUGCUCAGAGUGAUGCCCUCCUUCAUCAACAGCACCUGGGAAGUGAAGAAGCCACUGAGAAAGCUGCUCCCAGAAGUCAACAGCGAAGCUGUUGACUUUCUGGAGAAGAUCCUGACCUUCAACCCCAUGGACCGAUUAACAGCAGAGAUGGGCCUGCAGCACCCCUACAUGAGCCCAUACUCAUGCCCAGAGGAUGAGCCCAUCUCCCAGCAGCCCUUUCGAAUUGAAGAUGAAAUUGACGACAUCUUGUUGAUGGCGGCCAACCAGAGCCAGCUCUCCACCUGGGACAGGUACCCAGUCAGUCUAUCCUCUGAUCUGGAAUGGAAACAGGACAGAUACCUCGACACAAGUGAGGUACAGCGGGAUCCCCGUGCAGGCUCAGAGUCAAUAGUGGAAGAGGUCCAGGUGGACCCACGAAAAUAUUCCCAGAGUAGCUCUGAGCGAUUCCUGGAGCAAUCUCACUCAUCCAUGGACCGAGUAUUUGACUCUGACUAUGGGCGGUCCUGUGACUACAAGGUGGGAUCACCAUCCUACCUGGAUAAGUUACUGUGGAGGGACAACAAACCCCAUCACUACUCAGAGCCUAAACUCAUCUUAGACCUGUCCCAUUGGAAGAAGACAGCCAUCGCUCCCACCACUGAGCUCUCCCUAGAGGAGGAGCCCUCCAACCUCUUCCUGGAGAUUGCACAAUGGGUGAAGAGUACACAGAGUGGUCUUGAGUGCCCCAGCCCACUCCCUGAGAUCCAGGAACGAAGCCUGCCCUCCUCACCCCAACACCACAAGGAACCCAAGGAGGGGAACAAUGGGACUGAUCCCCAAUUUGACUUGGAUGUCUUCAUUUCCAGAGCACUGAAACUCUGUACCAAGCCAGAGGACCUGCCAGAUAACAAACUCAGUGAAAUCAAUGGGGCAUGUAUCUCAGAGCACCCCAGUGACAUCGUACAGACUGAACCCUAUCCAAAGGAGAGGUGGUGAAGCUGAGUAGUUUGCUCUUCAUGAAUUUCCCCUUUCUUCUCAGCUGGCUGGCCACAGUCUUGUGGCACUGCAGACCCAGGCCAAAGGGAAAAAACAGGUUACCCUGGUUCCUGGCAUGUCAGUCCUUUGCAACAGAGGGUGGAUAGCCUACCCCAUACCUUUUAAUCAAAGACAAACAGCUCCCAGCCUCCUUUCUGAUGCCUUAGGGUUCAUGAGACCCUUGAAGGAAUCAGGAAACACAAGUAAAAUAUUGAAUCUAUUAAACUGCCUUAAUGAUCGCGCCUUUUAACCUCUGGAAUGUUUUGAAUUUAAGUCUAAGGUAAUAAGCCUUUUGUACAGAACACCAGGCUGAUCAGUUUAUGAACAUAUUCUUGGGGGUGGGGGCUUUGGGAGAAGGAAAAUGGGAGUAGCCAUGGGAAGAAGGAAGCUUCCCAAAGAGGAACAGGUCCUCUCUUUUUAAUAAGGGUUACACUCCACAAACUCAAAGAAUGUCAGAGCCAAAAGGGACAUUUGAAAUCAUCUAGUUCAACCCCUUCCUUUGACAGAUCAGGAAACUGAGGUCCAGAGAAGGAAGGUGACUUCCCAAGGGUUACAGAGCAAGUUCGAGGCAAAGCAGUAGUAAAACUUGGGUCUCCUGACUCCCAGACUUGCCCUCCAUUCCAUCUCCUUUGUCAUGGAAAUGCUUUCUCUUCGAAAUCUAAGGGAAGCCAAAGUCCAAGGAAGGGCUUCCUCCUUGAACCAGAAGUUGGAGGGCUCUCUUAAAUAGUCAAGAACAGUCAUCUCCUCCCCCUGGGGCCAGACACCAAAGCCUCUUGGGCUUCAGAUCCAGGCAACCUGGAGGGUCACUGGGUUAAAACAACAACAACAACAACAACAAUCACCCACAGCCAAGUGGCUCAUUUAAUAAAGAAUCCAUAAGACAGGGAACUAGGCAGAAGCCAUUGAGUUAUUCCUGAGUGCUUCUUCAACCUCAAGUAUAGUCACUGAUGGAUGCCCCUGGGGCCAGAUUCUGCAUUCUUUACACACACACACACACACACACACACACACACACACACACACAUACACCACAGCCCUAUGCAAAAGUGGAAGAGGCAGGCAAGUAUGGGGUAUGGUGUGAACAAGAAGGGGCAUCAAAAACCUCUUGCCCCAUCCCUAGGUCUCUCUCCCUCUGGCCCAUAGUGGGCCCAAUACCCCACUGUAACCAUUAUUCCCUUGGUUUGAAGACCUCCUUUUAAAAUGCAAACCUGUUACCAAGAAAGGUAACCCAAUAAGCUGUAUUCCUCCAUGAACACCUCCGCCGGAAUUAGUUCAUGGAACUAGCUGAGCAGAGGGCAAGAUCUUGGAGGGAGUAGUGUGCCGGACAAGCACCCCUUCUAAUAGUGGGUCAAGAGAGGUACGGAGUACCGGGGCACUGCCCAAGAGGGACAACACAACUGGAACCCUACGCAGCGUAAUGACCCUUCAAGAUUUUGCUUGGGUUUCUGUGUACUGGGUACCUUGUAGCUAUUUAUGUGUGUGAGAGCACAUGCACACACACACACACACACACACACACACACACACAGUUGGUGUGUUCAAUUGUGACCCUCUGAGGGUGCAGGUCCUUGCCUUACUACCUUGGCCCUCAGCCUACCUUCACCCACAGACUCGGGUGGCAGCCUUGUUGUCCAAUCAGCUGGCACUUGGCAUUCCAGCCUCGUCCCCUUCUAGCGAAGCUUUCAGGGGGAAGCUAGAAAACAGGUAAACAGAUGAUCAGACCCUAGGAUUUGAAAGUAGCUUGGGGUUCACCUAUACCUCUGAGCACCUUAAAUGAUUAACCUGUUAAUGAUCAUUUGUACAUGAAACAAACAAUACAUUAUAGGCUUAUAUUUUAAAAAUGAAUUCUUCAAGCUGACCAAAACUUUUUUAAUGGAGAAUGUGUAAAUAGAAACUGUUCAAGAAAUGAAACUUUAUCCACCCACUCACUGUGCCAUCUUGUCCUAUGGUGGGGAAAGGGGGGAAGGAGGAAAUUACUCUUUUGGUAAAGGAAGAAAGCUGCUGUUCUUAACCCUGUGGUCCAUAUAUCACUGUUAUACCAGAGUAAUUGUUAUUAUACCCAUGUAAAAAAAUCUACUAAAUGCUAUUAAACACUAUGAUGAGA